AUGAGUCUCAUGAUUCUAAAAGAAAACUGCUGCUGGGAAGUUGGCGAUGGGCUCAGCAUCAACUUUAGGAAAGACAUCUGGUUACCAAAUCAACUUGAACCAUUGGACCCUUCCUUUAAUGAAUUUGAAAAUCAGGGUGCUUUACUUGUUGCUCAUUUUCUUAUUGGCGAUUGCUGGAAUGUCCCUCUUCUUUCUUCUUUUUUCUCUCCUUCUCAGGUUCUAUGUAUCCUUACCAUAAAGCCUAAUCCUAGCAAAUCUGACACCCUGAGAUGGAAUCACUCUGCAGAUGGCAUCUUCACUACCAAAUCCCUUUACAAUGUGCUUGUCAAAAAUGAUAUCCAACCAGUGGAUAAAACAUCUUCCAAAAUCUGGAAAUUAGGUGCUCUCCCUAGAAUAAAAAUGUUUGCUUGGAAACUUUACACAGAUAUCCUCCCUUUUAGUGGCCAUCUGGCCAAGUAUCUGCAACACAUAGAUCCCACCUGCACUCUGUGCAAUAAUGCCAUAGAAACCUCUGAACAUGUUUUUCUGCAUUGUCCCUUCUCUAGAGCGGGAAUUGGCCUGAUCUUUGUGCCACUAUUACCUGGUUUAUCUGGAAAGCCAUAUGUGAUUAGGUUUUCAAAGGCACCACUCCUAAUCCCAUCUACACUGGAAUUGGCUCUAUCAUCUAUGAUGCUGCAGGGAGAACCAUCGACAAAAGAACCAACACUGUCAGAGCUCAUAGAAAAGAGGAAGGGGACUGCAUAG